GCAAAUGCUUAAAAAUCCUGUGUCGUGGCUAGUUGUUACACAUGUAUCAAUUUACCCCAGGCAUGUAACAACUUACCCCUUCUUUUCAGGUUAACACAUCAUGCCCCGAAACUACCAGCGAAAGACAAAUAGGGGGAAUACAACUCCUGAAAUCAUGGAAGCAGCUGCUAGAAGGGUUGUGAAUGGUAAUGGAUCUUUACGGGAUGUUGCCAAAGAUUUUGAGGUAGGUUAUUUUGGUAACCUAGCCCUUGAUAAAGAAUUUGAUGUAAAAAUUCUGAAAGAUCAACCUUACCAAAAAGUGGUCCCACGUGGACUAAUUAUUUUUCAGGUGUGCUUUAUGACGUUGCAGAGAUACUGCAAGAAGUUCAUGGAAAAUGGGAAAAUCUCCAGUGUUGGUUAUGCAAGUCCCCGUGUAGUUUUUACCAAGGAGCAGAAGCUACUCGUAUCUUACAUCCUUAAUGCUGCUAAAAUUUACCAUGGACUAACCCCCAAAGAAAUCCGUAAGCUAGCUUAUGAAUAUGAGUCAGCCAAUGAAAUCGGAUGCCCUGAUACCUGGUCUGCCAAUGGAAUAGCUGGUGUCGACUGGUUCUCGAAAUUUAUGAAACGGAAUCGCAGUCUCUCUAUCCGCACUCCAGAGGCUACGAGUUUAAACAGAGCAACAAGCUUUAAUCUGACAAAUGUGAACAAGUUUUUUGACAAUCUGACCCAAGUUAUAGACACCCACAAGUUCGAGGCUCAUGACAUAUACAAUUGCGACGAAACAGGUGUAACAACUCUGCAGCGCCCUGAUCGAAUUGUCACAGAGAAAGGAGUGAAACAAGUUGGUGUCCUGCCCUCAGCCGAGAGAAGGACCCUUGUAACGAUGUGCCUUGCAGUUAAUACAAGCGGAAACAGCAUACCUCCAAUGCUAGUCUUCCCCAGAGUCAACUACCGUGAGCACUUUGUUAUCAAUAGACCAACAGGCAGCUGUGGAUCUGCCAAUCCAAGCGGCUGGAUGAAGGAAGCAGAUUUCCUUAUAUUUCUACAACACUUUGUGAAACACACUCGCUGCAGUCAACAGCAUCUAGUUCUGUUGUUACUUGACUUUUUUUUGACAGAUGAAAAGUUUGUAGGUCAAGUCUUAGACCAUUGGACCAAGGUAGAUAUUUGGCCUAAUCUAUGUCAUGGAGGGGGAGAAACAUCUGGAUAUACCUCUCAGGACGACGUUAUGGAGAAGGGGCACACUGGGCUUGGCGGAAAAUUAGAUCGGAUCAAUAUCACCAGUGGAUCAUGUCGUACUGGACUGGUUCAACGCAUUUUUAUAUGUCUAGUUUAGAAACACUCACAAGACUAUUGGGCCUUGAGAAUUCAUGGAGAAGUGCUGCGAUCUCAGGUCUGAAAGGAGAUACACCGUGGUUGGCCUCAAGAGUAGGAUUGAGUUGUUCUGCGGAUCAAGAGUGGUAAAACUGGUUUUUAGCCCGGAUGACACGCGAACGGGUUACUAGCCUGUUCUCUUCUGUGAGGCUCAUGGAUAGAGGACCCCAGACAUAUGAGAUGGACAUGAUUUUCUUGGCAUUCAUGGAUGUGUGGAGGCAAACAGAGUGGUGGUCAAUGCUAGGGAAGACAGACUUAACUCAGUUGUUUCUUGAAAACGAGAUAGUUGCUGAUCGAACCAGACAAGGCUUCCUUGGUCUUGAACUGGCUGAUCAAGAAUAUAUUAUUAGGAAAUCAGGAACUCGGUACGUUCAACUUGAUGGAUAUUAUGAAGCCCACGCCGGGACAAAAUCCUAUAAAAACCAUGGUUAUUAUUUUCCAGAUGAUCCCUUGCUGUGUUACCAAGAUGGUUAUUUCCUGGGUGAUAUUUUGCCUUGGAACUAGUAUAGCCACUUCCCAACAGGGAGACUUAGGCACUCUCGCAUCAAGACUCUGUUGGGGAAUAGACUAUUCUCCUACGGGCGGAAGUCACUAGAGUUGGUACGUCCCUAACAGACCCGAUAUGGAUACCCCUUGUUUGGAGUGUUAACAUUGUCCCGCCGGAUCAUACCCCUUUGACUGCUCUAUACCAACGCCUCUGCAUUGAGAAACAGCUUACCCCUCCAUUUGUUCCUGGUGCGGAUUCCGCCCAGGUCCAUGAUCAAGUGUGUUCGACCCCAAUCACCAAGGUCCCUCAGGCCACCCUGAGUGCCAACUCGACAAAAAAGAGACAAUUUGUGGUAGGGAGUAUAGCCUUAGCCCGGGGAGAAGAGACUCGAGAAAAGAUUAAUUUAGAAAUUGUUCCAAAGCUGAACACCCUCAACUCAGGACUCCAGAAAAUAGCAGAUCAGCAAAUUCUCCUCGCAAAAAAUGUCCAAGACUUUAGAAACGCGUUAGUAAUACAAUUAGAAGCUUUCAAUAACUACGUCAACAAUCGAUCAUACAUGCUAUCAGGAGAGAUUACAGCGAAUUUUAAACUCAUGGCCCAGGCGCUUUAUAAUAUGGAGGUCAGAUCCGGGAUGGCCACGUACAAACUCGGGAAAUCCCUCUACGAUUCUCAAAUGCGCCAUUAUUGGCACCUGAAAGCAGGGCUUUUGAAUGGAGUAAUUCUGAGUGAAUGGUGCCUUCCCACCAGCCCUUACCAAACGGAGCUUUUCAGAGCCGUGUCGGGAAUUAACGAUGCCCCUAUCCCGUCAGAUCAACUAACUACGAUGUUUUGCAACUCUCUUUGGGAACAUCUAGGGGAGGGGAUUCCUUCCCUAGAUAAAGUGAAUCUAUCUAAACUGGUCCCCCUCAGCGGACUCCAGAACGAUAUUUAUAGGUUGUCUCCCCUCAUGAUAGUAGAAG